AUGGAUAGACUCCCCUUGACGAGGGCUACAACAUUGAUUUUCAGGCACAGCAGGGACAGGGCACAGCCGCAGCAGGGACUCACGCAGCCGCAGCAGGGACUCGCGCAGCCGCAGCAGGGACAGGGACAGAGGCGACUGCAGGGGUGCAGUCUCAGGAAACAUAUAGAUAGAACUGUCCAUAUUGCAGAGGUUGACCAGGAUCUUGUCAACGAGUACAACAUUGCAAAAUUCGAUUUUCCAUAUCUCAUGGAUCGAGCACAGCAUCUCAAGGCAAAUAAGUUCCCUUUUCUUGGUCGCAUGAAUGGUUCCAAAACUGAGACGAAGGAGACGCAUUUCUCUUCGAAGGCAUACGAGCAGCGUGAUUCCAAAGAUACAGAGCUAGAAGAUCGGCUACAACUCGACGUCCUGCAAUUUAUGCAACGUGAACACAAGUUACGUAGUUAUACCUUCAACACUGUCUGUGCACAGUUCCUUGAAUUGCAACAUGGUACCCCAGAGUCCAGACGUCGGCUGGCCGUCUGCUGUUUAAAGGAUUCCAUUAAGGUGCUUUCCCAGCUAUUUCACGAGGCUAAUCAAGAGAGAUAUAUCAUCCCUGCUUUGAAGGGCGAGGGUUCUGAUGAGCAAUACGAAGGUGCCACUGUCAUCGAGCCGAGGAAAGGCUACCACGACACACCAAUUGCAACUCUUGAUAUGAGCUAUUUGUAUCCGUCCAUCACGAUGGUACAUAAUUUGUGUUAUACGACGCUCAUCGAAAUGAAUACCAUUGAUCGCAUGCAGCUUGUCAAGGACGUUGAAUAUAUCCAAACCCCCAAUAACGAAUUUUUCGCUACUACGGCAAAACGAAAUGGUCUACGACCUACUUUCUUGGAAGAUUUGAUCUCUGCUGGUACGCGUGCGAAGGCAGAUCUCAAGAAGGUGACCGAUCCAUCCAAGCGUGCAGUCUUGGACGGUCGUCAGCUUGCUCUGAAGACCAGUGCCAACUCUCCUUAUGAGUUCACUGGUGCGACGAUUGGAACAUUACCCUGCCUUCCUAUCUCCUGCAGUGUGGCAGCAUAUUGGCGAGCGGAGGCGGCAGAUUUUGCGACGGCGAAAUCUGUCAGACCUAUUGAGCUCGAAUUCGAGAAAUUUUAUUACCCGUAUCUUCUCAUCAGCAAGAAGCGACGAAUGGGCAAGAUGAACUCAAAGAGGAUCGAAACGGUCCGGAGAGACAACUGUCAGCAAGUAUCUACGGUAAUCGAGACGUCAGAGGAGCUGAGGAGUAAGUACACAAAGCGCAUCAUAUCAGAUGGUCUGCAAAAUAAGGUCGAUAUGUCCCAACUGGUGAUUGCAAAGGCUCCGGCCAUAGCUGAUUAUGCUGCGAAGCAAGCGCAUGUGGAGUUGGCAGAGCGCAUGCGGCAACGUGACGCAGGUUCCGCACCGGCCUUGCGUGGCCGUGUCACCUACGUUAUUGUCAAGGGCAUUGAAGGUGCUGCUGCAUACGAAAAAUCCGAGGAUGCCCUUUAUGUUUUGGAGAAUAGCAUUCCCAUCGAUACUAAAUAUUAUCUCGAAACGCAGUUCUCAGAUCCUCUUAAGGCAGCAUCGUUGUUAUCUGGCGCGCACACCAGGUCAAUCCAGAUCGCAACUCCAACAGUUGGCGGUCUGAUGAAGUUCACAGCGAAGACGGUAACAUGCCUUGGGUGCAAACCUCCGUUACUGUCGAAUAGCAAUGUAAAACAUGGUGCCGUGUGCAAUAACUCGAUAUCAAAGCAAAUCAUAAGCGCGUCGCAGCUGCAAGUGCGGUUCUCGCGACAGUGGACGCAAUGCCAACAUUUUCAGCGCUCUUUGUAUCAAGAUGUGCAAUAUUCGAGCAAGGACUGCCCGAUAUUCUACAUGCGGAAGAAGGCACAAAAGGAUGUGGAAGAUGCGAAUUCUGUCCUCGAGCGGUUUGAUGCAGAUCUGUGGUAA